GAACCCUGGAGCACUUCCGCCCCGUUGUGAAGUGGGUGUCUCGAGCAGAGGAAAGCAUUUUCUCUCCAGGAGCCCCUUGAAGGACAUACCAUAGAUGCAGGAAGACGCUGGGUGAGGACAGCCCAGCUGUAGUGAGGCAUCCAGGACAGAGCAUGGCUGUAGCCCUGGAAUCCCGGGCCCAGGCCUCUCCGCAGCCAGAGCUUGAGGAACUCCUGAUUGUGAAACUGGAGGAGGAUGCCUGGAGAUCAGAAUCCAGACCUCAGGAGAGCAACCGCGGCGCUGUCCCUGGCCCCGAGGCCUCCCGCCAGCGCUUCAGGCAGUUCCAGUACAGAGAUGCGUCUGGACCCCACGAGGCCUUCAGCCAGCUCUGGGCGCUCUGCUGUCGCUGGCUGAGGCCAGAGGUCCAUCUCAAAGAGCAGAUCCUGGAGCUGCUGGUGCUGGAGCAGUUCCUGACUAUCUUACCCAGGGAGGUCCAGGCCUGGGUGCAGGCGCGCCACCCUGAGAGCGGCGAGGAGGCAGUGGCCCUGGUGGAGGACUGGCACCGAGAGGCCCGGGCUGCAGGACGGCGGGAACUGGAGUUGUGUGGAGAAGAGACCAGGUCCUUAAAGGCAGUGCCAGAAUCUCAGAGUUUUCAGCGGCAAUCAGCGGAGCACUGGCCCAAGAGACAGCCCCAGAGGCAGUGGGUAAGGAAUCCAUGCCCUGAUCUUCCCAAGCAUCUGGACACGAAGAUGGCGUCCCAGGCCUUGAAAGAGAGUGCUGUCCUCACUCCCCGAGUCCCUACUCUCCCAAAGAUGGGGAGCAUUGGAGAUUGGGAGGCGACAGCUGAGUCCCAGGAAGCCCUGGGUCCCGGCAAACGUCCCGAGAAGGAGUUUCGCAAGGUGCCCCCAGGAGACAAGUGUGGGAACGGCGUGUCCCAAGGAGUUCUAGUUUCAAAACCAAAUAUCAUCUCCCAUCGAGAGCAAGGACCAGAAUUUUGGGGUCCUAGUCUUAUAAAUUCUGGAAAAAGGAACACUACAGAUUACAGCCUCGGUAACGAGCAAAUAAAACCAGCCCCAGCACUGGCCUGGAGGGACUCAAAGGCCUGGGAGGAACAGUACCAAUGGGAUACGGAGGACAUGAAGGUGUCGGGUGUGCAUUGGGGCUAUGAGGAGACGAAGACUUUCCUGGCAAUUUUGAGUGAGUCUCCUUUCUCUGAAAAGCUCCGGACUUGUCACCAGAACCGCCAGGUGUACCGGGCCAUUGCAGAGCGGCUGAGGGCACGGGGCUUCCUGCGGACAUUGGAGCAGUGUCGCUACAGGGUCAAAAACCUCCUUCGAAAUUACCGGAAAGCCAAGAGCAGCCACCCACCGGGUACCUGUCCCUUCUAUGAGGAGCUGGAGGCCCUGGUGAGGGCUCGGACGGCCAUCAGAGCCACAGACAGCCCAGGAGAGGCUGUGGUACUCCCCAGGCUGGGGGAUAGUGAUGGAGAGAUGGAAGAGCAAGAGGAAGGGAGCUGGGAGCCAGAGGAGACAGUAGAAGACUGUAAUGGUGAUGACCUGGCCUCUGGCCAGUCCAUUCAGGGGCCCAGGAUUCCAGGGGGUCCAGCUCUAUUCCAGAGUCGUAUUGCAGGUGUGCACUGGGGCUACGAGGAGACCAAGGCCUUCCUGACCAUUCUCAGUGAGUCCCCAUUCUCUGAAAAGCUUCGUACCUGUCACCAGAACAGCCAGGUGUACCGGGCCAUUGCAGAGCGGCUAUGUGCACAGGGCUUCUUGCGGACACUAGAGCAGUGUCGCUACAGAUUCAAAAACCUCCUUCGAAGCUACCGGAAAGCCAAGAGCAGCCACCCACCAGGGACGUGUCCCUUCUAUGAAGAGCUGGAUUCACUGGUGAGGGCGCGGACUGCGGUCAGAGCCAUAGGGACCAUCAGAGACGUAGCCGGUCUCCCUAUGUCUGGGCAGAGCAGUACAGAGGCUGAUGACCAGGAGGCCUGGGAUGAGAUGGCAGAUGAAGAUGUCAUCAAACCUCCAACCCCAUGUCCUAAAACCCCAGACACUGGUUUUGAGAUGAGGCAUGAGGAUGAAGACCAGAGUUCAGAGCAGGAUAUUUUUGAGGAUCUGCCUGGAGCAUUAACAAAAUGUACUACAGAAGCUGUUUGCCACCCUCACGAUUGGGGGGAUGACAGUGAAAAUGAAAAUGAAAGUGAUGAGCAGUCAGGAAAUCCACCACAGGAACAGUGGGAAGAAUGUUCUUUUGAAGGGGACUUAGAAAAACUUAUUGACCAUCAAGGCCUGUAUCUUGCAGAGAAACCCUACAAGUGUGACACGUGUGUGAAAAGCUUCAGUCAAACCUCCCACUUCAGCACCCAUCAGCAGACACAUACAGGUGAGAAGCCCUACAAAUGCCUCAGAUAUGGGAAAAGCUUUAGUGACCACUCCAACCUCAAUACCCACCAGAGAAUUCACACUGGAGAGAAGCCCUACAAAUGCCUUGAAUGUGGUAAAAGCUUUAGUGACCACUCCAGUCUUGUCACCCACCAGAGAAUCCACACAGGAGUAAAGCCCUAUAAAUGUGGGGAAUGUUGGAAAAGCUUCAACCAGAGCUCAAACCUUCUGAAACAUCAGAGAAUCCAUUUGGGAGGAAAUUCUGACCACUCUAGUGAGCCCAGGGAAAACUUUGGCCAAAGCCCAUCCUUUAGUGCUCACUGGAGGAGCCUGACAGAAGAAACAUCUCCAGAACAUCCUCAAAGUGCCAGUAAGAACUUGAAUUCUCCUGGACCGCACAGCACCAACUCAGGGGAGAAACUUUAUCAGUGUUCUGAGUGUGGAAGAACCUUCUCCAAGAGCUCGGCCCUCAUUAGUCACCAAAGAAUCCAUACGGGAGAGAAACCAUAUGAAUGUGCUGAAUGUGGGAAAAGCUUCAGUAAGAGCUCCACAUUGGCUAACCACCAGCGAACCCACACUGGAGAGAAGCCGUAUAAGUGCAUGGACUGUGGGAAGUGCUUCAGUGAACGCUCUAAGCUCAUCACACACCAGAGAGUACACACAGGAGAGAAGCCCUACAAAUGCCUUGAGUGUGGAAAAUUCUUCCGUGACCGUUCUAAUCUCAUUACUCACCAGAGGAUUCACACGGGAGAGAAGCCUUAUAAGUGCAGAGAGUGUGGGAAGUGCUUCAACCAGAGCUCCAGUCUUAUUAUUCACCAGAGAAUCCACACUGGGGAAAAACCCUAUAAGUGCUUGGAGUGCGGCAAAGACUUCAACAAUAGCUCCCACUUCAGUGCCCACCGGAGAACCCAUGCAGGAGGGAAAGCAUCGUAGGAGACAACGCAUUGUAGGAGACAACUCCCUCCACAACAAAAGAGAUACAUGUGUAUUUACAUCUCCCAAGAUUAUAAGAUGUAUGGUAGAAACAGUCCCCAUUUUUAAGCUUGGUGUAUACCCAGGGAAAUUAUCUUGAUAUAAUCCAGGUAAUUUGGAAGUGAAUUACAAAUGCUAAGGAUCCAGAUUUGAAGGCACUUUUCUUAAGUGUGAUUUGUUUUUCUCCUGUAAAACAAUCUCCACCCAGUCCUCAGGCUGUCCUUACAUUUGCUGUUGUUUAAGGGCUUUAUCAGCAUUUGAGCCAUACUGGUAGCUUAGGGCAUUAGAGGCAAAUCAGUCGUCUUGGGCAGUGAUUCCAAACCUCGCUGUGCCUUCACACCAUCCAUGUGUACAACCCCCCUCCCCGCCCCCCCAUCGGCACACAUCAGAUUUUUCUGCAUGGCAGUUUUUAGUUAGGACCUAUCCUCAGAGGAGAACUUUGAGACCCGGUGAGAGAGGGGCCUAAUUGAGAAUCUGGCCUAGGGCAGGCCACUGUGAGCUUAGCAAAAAGGAGGAAAAAUAGUUACACAUUACUCGUAUUACUAAGUCAUUGUUAAUAAUAGCAAAAAUAGCCAGUAUUUAUUGUUUCCUCUUCGGCAGGCUCUGUGCUAAGUGCUUUAUACACAUGAUCUCAUUUAAUCCUCACAACCACCCCAGGAAGUAGGUACUAAUAUUCUCCUCAUUUCCCAGAAAAGAAAAACAAGACUUGGGAAAAUGAAGUAACUUGCUUGGGUCACACAUCUGAAAAUGGCUGAGGCAGGAUUCAACCAGACCUGCCUGCCCAGAGCCUGAGGUGUUCUUACCACCACAGUAAAUCCCCUCUCAUGUUAGGGCAGGUAACUCAGACCAGGAUCUCAAAGCACUGUGUAGACUACACGUCCUGUUAAAAUUCCCAGUGAAUUUUCCCAAAGAUGAAAGGUCUUGGGAUAUUGAGAACUGGCAUUAUGCUUCGAACAAGGAUGAGUGAAUUUCCAUCUUUACAAUAGCAUAGGUGAAAGAAACAUGUGAGCUGAGGUUGGGGAACACAUGUAGCCAAAGUGUAUUUCUUCCAAUGAGACACUGCUUUGGCUAGGGAAAGGGGAGUUAAGAAUUUCCCUUUUCUUGGAGAGCCAGUCCUGCUUCUUGUUACCUUUGGGUAAAUUGUUAGUUUAAACGUUACAGAAACCUGGGCUUCCUCACCAGUGUUCGCUCAUCCCUCUGUUGUUGCCUCCCUGGCCCCUUUCCUCUUGGCAUGGUAGAAGCUUUGUUCCUGUUCCCCAGGUCAAGACUGAGGCGGAAAGGAGGUGGCAGGAGUGGGUGAAUGUGCCGUACGCUACUGAGAGGGCUUUGAAUAUGGUCCUAGCUGAGCCAUCUUGUCCCAAGCCUACCCCAUACUUUCUAAAUGUUGGCCGUUAAGACCAGGCUGCCCUGCGUCUUUAUGCUCCGGACUCUGUCGUAGCCCUGCUUCUCCACUGCUCCAUCCACUACGUUCAGUUUGUGUCUUUACCACUGUGUAGAUGCUGGUGACUCCCAGAUCUGGCUCCUGCUUGGGGCUCCCCUCUUAGGAGCUCAGUCAUCUGCUGACCAGCCCUACUUGGGUGACUC